AUGUUGGUAGUUCACGCAAUUGAUAGUGCAGAUGUUGUGUGGGCUGGCUGUUGUGUGGGCUGGCUGUUGUGUGGGCUGGCUGUUGUGUGGGCUGGAUGUUGUGUGGGCUGGCUGUUGUGUGGGCUGGAUGUUGUGUGGGCUGGAUGUUGUGUGGGCUGGCUGUUGUGUGGGCUGGCUGUUGUGUGGGCUGGCUGUUGUGUGGGCUGGCUGUUGUGUGGGCUGGCUGUUGUGUGGGCUGGCUGUUGUGUGGGCUGGAUGUUGUGUGGGCUGGAUGUUGUGUGGGCUGGCUGUUGUGUGGGCUGGCUGUUGUGUGGGCUGGUGGUUGUGUGGGCUAGCUGUUGUGUGGACUGGUUGUUGUGUGGGCUGGCUGUUGUGUGGGCUGGAUGUUGUGUGGACUGGUUGUUGUGUGGGCUGGAUGUUGUUUGGGCUGGAUGUUGUGUGGGCUGGCUGUUGUGUGGGCUGGUGGUUGUGCAGACUGGUUGUUGUGUGGGCUAG